AUGGGAGCCCACACCGGUCAUACUCCAAACAGUCUCUCAGUAGCUAAAGGCUACAUACCGAAGCACAAGUUACUUCGACAAGUCCUGUCUAUGUAUUUAAGUGACAACUAUGCAGAAAUCACCGAACCUGCAUCGUCAGCCAAGCAACACCCAAUCAAUCGUCCCUCCGCUUGUUGUCAACACCUUGUCCCUCCGUUUGGCAUCAACACCACGUUCCUCUGUUCGGCAUCGCAUCAACACUGUGUUCCUCUGUUUGGCAUCAACACCGCGUCCCUCUGUUCGGCAUCAACACCGCGUCCCUCCGUCAGCAUCAACACCUCGUCCCCCCGUCAGCAUCAACACCAAUGCAGUCAAACAAUCAACACUACGGCUACUCUGAGCUUGACCAGUCUGGCCACCCGAUUCUUGAUGUUAGCCCCGGUCACCCGAUUAUUGAUGUCAGCUCUGGCCACCCCCUUACCGAUCUUAGCUCUGGCCCGCUUACUGAACUUAGCUCGGGUCACCUGCUUGUCAAUCUUACCUCUGGUCACUCGCUUAUGGAUCUUAGUGGCACUGGAUAUCAACCCUUGGGGAAUUACACCGAUCAAUCCCAUCAUCACGACAACGAAGGCCAUGUAUACACCCAGUACGACUCAGCUAACUAUUAUAAUGGCCUCGACAAUUAUAAUGGCCUCGACACAGAGAUGA